CAUUGCAUUAAUUUAAUUCUGUUCAUGCUAGGUCAUACUCACCAUAGGUGUAAUAUCUGUGAGUUAAAACUCAUGUUUGUAAUUUAGGCCAUUUAAUUUGAAAACUCACUCAUUAAAAUGGAUGAUACUGAGGACAGUAUUGAAGUUUUAAAGAUUGCUGAAUUAGUGGCAGAGGCAAACAAUGCAGCCAUACCUGGCUUACUUCUGCAGCUAAAACCUCUACUUGAUAAAGCAUCUGUUACAAGUCAAGAGGUUCGAGUUAUUAGAAGAAGCAUUUGGAAAUAUGAUCUGCUUUCUUGGUGUGCUAUUGCUCUACAGUAUGAAUACACAAGGGUAAAAGGAGGUCUUGAAUCCGCUGUUCGUAUUUCUCACAUAUUAUGUGAUUGUUGUUGCCACAUUGAUGUGAAUGAAUCUCAAGAAUUCUCACAAUCCACUCUACCAUCUGCUGUGCACAGUUUCCUUAAGAUUAUUCGACAGUUUCAACAGAGGAUAGAAGAAAAGUUGAAGCCACCUAUAUUACAAACCGUGACCGACGCUGAGCUAUGUGAUGAAAUGCUAACUCUUCUUACUUCUCUCAUCACCUCCCAUCCCCACCUGUGUAAACCUCUUCUAUCAUGUGGAGACCUCCUUCGUAUAAUAAUGGAGGAUAACCACGGCCACCUUAUCUCAUUACGAGCUAUUUCUAUCAUUGACCGAGCAAUUCGUGUGAACAGGCACUGUGUAAGCCAGGUUGAUCGUCCCACCAUACAAUCCCUGUUAGAUGAAUUGGUUUACAAACUUACAUCUUUAUCAGAUGAGGAUCUUGCCAAGUCAUCAUCGAGACUCAUCGUAUCUUUAUCCGAUGCCCAUCCUCCUCUUGUUCCUCUCAUGGUUACAAGAUUCAAGGGGUUAAAAGUGAUUCUCCGGCGUUGGGACGGCCAGGGUUUUGAUCGCGAACUUUCGAAGUUGGUGGCUGUACUUGAGGCUGGGACUGUGGAGAAUGCAAAGCUGUAUAGAAAGAGAAAUGCUGUUGCUGUAAUAUGGGCUUAUUAUCAGGGUUGGAAAGCACGCACUCGAGUAGCGAAGCUUAAACAAGCAAUCCCUAAACUCCAGGGAAGCUUCAGGAGGAGGAGGGAGGAAAGAGUGGGGGAAGAGGAAAUGGAGAGAACUGGAAGAUUGCAGGUUUCGCAACAAAAGUUGGAGAACAGAAGAUCUUUCCGGAAAAUGCGAGAAAAACAGUUGGUUGCAAUGGAGAUUGUGCCAGCUGGAAGAAUCUCGGAUCACAUCCAAGAUGAAGAAUCUUCUGCUGCAGUCCGAAUACAAGCUCACUGGAGGGCGCACAAGCAGAGAAAAGUAUUUUCAGCGAAGCGGAAAGUUCACAGAGAGAAUAGCGCUGCUGUUGUUAUCCAGAAGCAGGUAAAAAAAUUCCUGAGGAAAAAGACCAACCCAGAAGUUUUGGUUGCCGGAAGUUUAAAUCAAUAUAUGGUUGACAAUGAUCAGAGGGAAAAAAUAAUGGGGAAAAUUAAAAACUGGCAAACAGUAAACAAGAGAUCUGGAGUUCCCAUAGAUGAAGCCACUAAAAUACAUGAAAGAGCCCAACAAAUGCUAUUGUUACAUCAUAGAAGGAAAUUAGCGACGAAGAAUGAGGAGGAGCAACUUAGGAUGAUGAUGAUUAGGAUUAAGAUGGAUGAAGAUGUAUUGAGUGACUUACCACCAUUGAACGAGGCCACUGAAGAAUCUGUAGACCUCCUAGCAUGCAAGUCCAGUAUUGUUCAAGCAGCAGCUGAAAUAGAACACCAUAAACAACUUCGAGUUAAUCGAGAACCUUGGUGGAAACGACUAAAUGAUGAUAACACUGAUGAUGUGGACUGUUGGGCCAAAUAAACUGUGAUAAUGUGUUUAGUUGUUAGUGUAAGAUUCAUGGUUUAAAAUAUUAGAUUUUGUAAGUUAUUUUGUAGUAAUGUCAGUAUUUAAUAUGUUUAUUUUUGUAGUUUAAUAAAAAACAAGCGCACUUUC